AGAAAAAAAACUGAGUAUUCUUGACAUCAGCAGCUUCAGCAACGGGUGUGUGCUCGUUAUUGUCUUCCCACUGAUGGUUUUUAGUUCUAGUGAUGGUGUAUUUUUCUAAAAUAGUGUACGUAUAUGGUGAGGAAUGAAUGUGAAUAAAUCAAUAUAAGUUUGGCUUUAUACAAGGGGAACAAAUUUUUAAUAAGUUGUACUGAAAUCAGAAUGGCAACUUUAGAGCAACAAGCAUCUAAACUUUUAGAUUUCAACCAAAAAUUAGACAUCAAUUUACUGGAUAAUAUUGUUGGAUGCCUCUAUUCAUCUGUUGGAGAUCAACAACGUAUUGCCCAAGAUAUAUUGACAGCACUAAAAGAACAUCCAGAUGCUUGGACCCGUGUUGAUACAAUAUUGGAAUAUUCACAGAAUCAAGAAACGAAAUACUAUGCAUUACAGAUACUAGAACAGGUGAUUCAAACCAGGUGGAAAGUUUUACCUAGAAACCAAUGUGAAGGUAUAAAGAAAUAUAUUGUAGGACUCAUUAUUAAAAACUCCUCUGACCCAGUAACUAUGGAGAAUAACAAAGUAUACUUGAAGAAGCUUAAUAUGAUUCUAAUUCAAGUACUUAAAAGAGAGUGGCCACAUAAUUGGCAAACUUUUAUCAGUGACAUAGUAGGGGCAUCUAAGACUAAUGAAAGCCUUUGCCAAAACAACAUGGUUAUAUUAAAACUGCUCAGUGAAGAAGUGUUUGUUUUCAGUACAGGACAGCUUACUCAAACAAAAGCAAAACAUCUUAAGGACACUAUGUGCUCCGAGUUCAAUCAAAUAUUUCAGCUUUGUCAGUUUGUUCUUGAAAAUUCUCAAAAUGCUACAUUAGUGGAUGCAACACUACAUACAUUAUUGAGAUUCUUAAAUUGGAUCCCUCUUGGUUAUAUAUUUGAGAUGAAGUUGAUAAGUACUCUAAUAUUCAAAUUUCUUAAUGUACCUAUGUUCAGAAAUGUGACAUUGAGUUGUUUAACUGAAAUUGCUGGUGUAACAGUUAGCAACUAUGAGGACCAGUUUGUGGCAUUACUUGUGCAAACAAUGGAGCAGUUAGAAGUGAUGCUGCCAUUAUCUACCAAUAUCAGAGAAGCUUAUGCAGCUGGGCGUGAUCAAGAGCAGGUAUUCAUACAAAACCUUACACUCUUCCUUUGUACAUAUUUGAAAGAACAUGGCUUGCUUAUAGAAAAGAGAGGACUGACAACGACCCUUAUGAAUGCCCUCCGAUACCUUGUUUUGAUAUCAGAAGUAGAAGAAGUAGAGAUAUUCAAAAUUUGCUUGGAAUUUUGGAAUGCAUUGGCUGCAGAUUUGUAUAAAAUUAGUCCUCAUUCUUCAAGUCUGUAUAGUUUGGGAAAAAGUGUUGGAGGGAGAGCAUUGUAUGCUGAUGUGCUGAGCAGUGUUCGUUAUAUAAUGAUAUCUCGAAUGGCAAAGCCUGAAGAGGUACUUGUGGUUGAAAAUGAAAAUGGAGAAGUUGUCAGAGAAUUUAUGAAGGAUACUGAUUCCAUAAAUCUUUAUAAAAAUAUGAGGGAAACUCUAGUAUACCUCACUCAUUUGGAUUAUCAAGAUACAGAGCGUAUAAUGACAGAAAAAUUACAAAACCAAGUAAAUGGUACAGAAUGGUCUUGGAAAAAUCUAAAUACGCUUUGUUGGGCUAUUGGAUCGAUUUCAGGUGCUAUGAUGGAAGAAGAUGAGAAAAGAUUUUUGGUGGUUGUUAUCAAAGAGCUGUUGGGGUUAUGUGAACAAAAAAAAGGUAAAGACAAUAAAGCCAUCAUAGCCAGCAACAUUAUGUAUGUUGUGGGACAAUAUCCACGCUUCUUAAGAGCACAUUGGAAAUUUUUGAAAACUGUUGUGAAUAAACUAUUUGAAUUUAUGCAUGAAACGCAUGAUGGUGUCCAAGAUAUGGCUUGUGACACAUUUAUCAAAAUUGCUUUGAAAUGUCGUCGACAUUUUGUCACAACUCAGGUUGGUGAAGCUUGCCCAUUCAUUGAAGAAAUUUUAAGUACAAUCAGUUCUAUUAUUUGUGAUCUUCAAACAUUACAAGUGCACACUUUUUAUGAAGCUGUAGGAUACAUGAUUAGUGCCCAAAUUGAUCAAGUGGCCCAGGAACAGCUCAUUGAGAAAUAUAUGUUACUUCCUAAUCAAGUUUGGGAUGAUAUUAUAUCACAAGCAUCUCACAAUGUUGACAUAUUGAAAGAUCCUGAAGCAGUCAAACAGCUUGUGAGUAUACUUAAAACAAAUGUACGUGCCUGCCGUGCAUUAGGACAUCCAUAUGUUGUACAGCUGGGAAGAAUAUAUUUAGAUAUGCUCAAUGUCUAUAAGGUGAUGUCAGAAAAUAUAACCCAAGCUAUUGCAUUAAAUGGUGUUGUUGUCACCAAACAACCUCUGAUUAAAAAUAUGAGAAUAAUAAAAAAAGAAACAUUGAAGUUAAUUGCUAGUUGGGUCUCCCGCUCUACUGAUUGCACUAUGGUGUUGGAAAACUUUAUACCCCCACUCUUGGAUGCUGUUUUAUUAGAUUAUCAAAGGACUACAGUUCCUGAUGCUCGGGAACCUGAAGUACUUUCAUGUAUGGCUGCCAUUGUGUAUAAGCUUGGUGGUUACAUUACUUCUGAAGUUCCAAAAAUUUUUGAUGCAGUUUUUGAAUGUACACUUGAGAUGAUUAAUAAAGAUUUUGAAGAAUAUCCAGAACACCGAACAGAAUUCUUUUUAUUGUUGCAAGCAGUGAAUACACAUUGUUUUAAGGCAUUCCUCAGUAUACCACCAGCACAGUUUAAGUUGGUACUGGACUCAAUCAUUUGGGCAUUUAAACAUACAAUGCGAAAUGUGGCUGAUACAGGACUCCAAAUAUUGUUGGGUUUGUUACAAAAUAUGGAACUACACCCACAAGCAGCACAAAGUUUUUACCAAACAUAUUUAUGUGAUAUUUUGGAACAUGUAUUCAGUGUUGUUACUGAUACUUCUCAUGGUGCUGGACUCACAUUGCAUGCCACCAUUUUGGCUUACAUAUUUUCAUUAGUUGAAGCUGGGCGUGUUACUGUUCCUCUUGGACCAACACCAGAUAAUGUUGUGUACAUACAGGAAUAUGUUGCAAACCUUUUGAAGAUAGCAUUCCCUCAUUUAACGGACAAUCAAAUUAAAAUUACAGUUCAAGGCUUGUUUAAUUUGAAUAAUGAUAUUCCUGCUUUCAAAGAUCACCUGCGGGACUUCUUAGUCCAGAUAAGAGAAUACACAGGUGAAGAUGACAGUGACCUUUAUCUUGAAGAACGACUGAUGGCACUUCGUCAAGCGCAGGAACUGAAGCGACGGGUCCAGCUCUCAGUGCCGGGUAUCCUCAACCCACAUGAACUGCCCGAGGAGAUGCAGGAUUAAUAAACCUGCUUAUAUAUUUGGUAACAGUUCACUUUGAUACGGAAUGCAACAGCAAUAAAGCAAACUUUAAAGAAGUAUAAACUUAAUUAUGAUUAAUUAUAUUUUGUUUAUCUGUACAAUGCAAUAUAUUAAGAUGAUUAAUGAUCCAUUUUAUUGUUUCCUUUUUCGUUUAUACCAAUGCCUUGCAUGCACUUUGUAGAGCGUGUUCCAUAUUGAGUGCUAGAACCACAUUCAUUUCGCUCUGUUCAAAGUAUCAGUUUUUAAUUUUCUUUGGUGUUCAGAUAAGCAGGUUUACCUAUAUAAAUGUAAAAGUAAUCCUUAGGUAAACCUUAAGUAAUAGCAAUUAUUUAGUUAUCAUUGUGGCUUUUAUUUUGUAAUAUAAACUCUGGAAUACAUUCAUUUAUUCACUAUCG